AAAUGCAGGAGCUUGACUUGCAUAACAUGUGGUUUCAACAAGACGGUACCACAUGCCACACAGCACGCGUAACAAUGGACUUAUUGAGAGUGGCUCAGUGAAAACGUCGUGGUUUACAAGUUGCUCGAAAAAUGUCCUCAACUACUCAUCUUUGCCGCUUGUGCGUGAAUUUGAGUCACGAUGGCAGUUGUAUUUACAACAAUGAAGGACAGCCCAAUGAGUUCUACAAUCGCAUCUGCAAUUAUUUGCCCUCUAAAAUUGUAGAUCUCGAAAAAUUCAAGCACAUCUCACACAUUUGCAACGAAUGCCGGCAUUCGCUUGAUGAGUUUUGCAAUUUUCAGCAAAUGGUAGAAAAGGCUCAGGAAAGGCUCUCUCAGCUAUUUGCCGAUACUGCAAGGAUGGUUGAGGAUUGUCCAAUCGUUGAAGCCAUUGAGGAUAAUUUGGAUAUUAAAGUUGAGAAGGAGUUCAUAUCGGAAUCUUAUCAGCAAGUUCUGGCGGAAUCCAGAAAUGAUGUGCAGGAGAAUUUUGUUCCCCCUGUUGUUAUAAGGGAAAAUUUCAAUAUUAAGAAUACCAAUCUGGAAUCGAAAGAAAGAGACCAUCAAAAUGCUUUUGAGUUCUUCGAAAUAGCAAAGGGAGACUCAUCUGGAACCAUAAAUGGUGCUUUAGAGUUACCAGUUUCAUAUUCAAAAGUUGAAUUCAAUGCUGCUGAAGUUACCGAAGCUGCAAAAGAAACCAAACAAGAUGACCAAUUACCAAUAGCUCCGUCCCCCCAAGAGAUUCAGCAGCCCAGGUGCUUAUCUAAAGCAAAAUUCGAACGUGAAGAUGAUUGCACCACUUUCAGUGAUGAUGAAAUUCCUUUGGCAAUACGUUUUGCCAGACAUAAAUCCGCAACAUUGAAAGAUGCUGAGCCAAAAUCUCAAGAAAUUAAAAAAACUUUUUCCUCAUUGGCCAAGAAUAAUGUUGAACUUUUUGACGAGUGUUUUGCUCAAACCAUGCCUUUUGUAAAAUGCGCACUUUGCCCUAAGUUGAUUGGAAAAUAUUCCUUAUAUCGCGAACAUUUUUACAAAGCCCAUCCCAAAAAUCGCUUUCACAUUAUAUGUUGUUCGAAAAAACUGGGUCAUCCUAAUAUCAUCAAGAGCCAUAUUCUGAACGAGCACAAUACUAUUCACGUGCCUAAAUGCCAGUAUUGCGGUUUGAAGUUUCUAAACGAACACUCCUUAAAAGUACAUGUAUCUGGCAGGCAUUCGGAUGUGAGGCCCCCAACAUCCAAGCGAAAUCCAAAUGAAUGUUUUCGUUGUUCCGUAUGUUCGGGUGUAUGGAAAAACCGGAGAUAUCUUCAACUUCAUAUGGCGAAAGAGCAUCCAUCCCAGCAGCCAACGAUUUCAGUUGAGGAGAAUCUCAAGAUUGGCAGAGCACUUGUCGAAGAGUUAAAAUGUCAUGAUCCCAAAAUUCUGGAUGACCUAGUGCGUACUUGGCUACCCAAAAUACAGUGUGUUGUGUGUGCGGAGGUCUUGCACAAAUAUUCCGAAUAUCGUCAGCAUUUUCAAAAGACACAUCCACACAAGGAUUUUUAUCUCCGUUGCUGUUACAGGAAGAUGGAAAUAAAUAAAAAGGUCCUGGACCAUAUGCUUUAUCACAAUAAUCCUGAAACUUUCAAGUGUCUGCCAUGUAAUCGAACAUAUGCAUGUGAAGCCAACUUGCGUUCUCAUAAUCGAUUGUAUCAUACAACCAUUCAAGAAAGGAAAUUUUCCUGUCAACAUUGCAGUAAAACUUUCACCACUCGUAGGGGACUUGCAUUUCAUUCGCUAAAACAUAACUCUGAGCCUCUGAUCGAGCCUGAAGUAACCAUGCAAAAUGAUGGCAGUUCAGUGUAUAAUUGCAAAGAUUGUGAUUAUUCCACUCAGUCUUACAAACUCUUUAGCAGCCAUCGUUGGGCUUGGCAUACUCGCCGAAAGUCGUACACCUGUCAAAUUUGUGGUGAAAGUUUUCGACUUGCCUCCAUGUUGCGUAAUCAUCUAGAUGGCCAUACUGGUUAUACCAAAAAAUAUACCUGUUCGACAUGUGGAAGCAGCCAUAAGAAUUUCACCCUAUUAAAAGCACAUAAACAGGCCCAUCACGAUCAACAAGGCAUUGAAUCCAAGUUCAAGCGUCGUCUAACCCAUGCUUGCUCAUGGUGUUCGGAGAAGUUUGCCUAUGCCUCGUGUUUAAAGAUUCACAUGAAAAAAGUACAUCCGGGUAAACGAAUGCAGAAGAGUCGCAUUUCCUGUACGCUGUGUCCCUUGAAAUUCUCACAUCCCUUACAUUUUCGCUUACACUUACGCAAGAAGCAUGGAAAAACGUCUCUGGAAAUCAAGGAAGAGUUUGCAGAAGAAGAUGCUGAAGAUUCAAUGGAAAUUGGAGAUGAAUUUAAGAAAUCAGCGGAGGAGCAGUUGCUGCAGUGAUGUACAUGGCUCAGUGAAAAUAAUUUUGGUUUACAAGGUGUUUCGGAAAAAUGUCUUCAACUACUCAUCUUUGCCGUUUGUGCGCGAAUUUGAGUCAAGAUGGCAGCUUGAUUUACAACAAUGAAGGACAGCCCAAUGAGUUGUACAAUCUCAUGCUCAAUUAUUUGCCCACCAAGAUUAUAGAUCUCGAGAAAUUCAAGCAUAUCUCCAUUAUCUGUAACGAAUGUUGGCAUUCUCUGGAAUAUAUACGCACUUUUCACCAAACAAUAGAUAAGGCGCAGGAAAAGCUGUCUCAAGAAUAUCCCGACGCUGAAAAGAAGGUUGAAGAUU